ACUGACUUUAGUGUAGAUAAUUCCUUCCAUGGGGAUCCAUCCGGGACUCUCGCUUCCACAAGGACUUCUAGAUUUGCGUCUUUGAUUCCUCUACCAGUGGUCGAAGCGAGUCUCAGCUCGAAGUUUGGGUCUGUUGCUGUUGCGGAUGCAACAGCCUGGCAUAAAUAAUUGAAAAGAAGUCAGUCCCGAACUCAAAAACAUUUUCAUCAUGGCCAUAACAAAUUGCUUGACGUACUUAGUGCCCAUCGCACUGGCUGUACUGAUAAUGGUGCACUAUCCUGAGCCAGAGUUGCCUGCAGAUAUACUGGCCAUGAGAAGAACAGGCUCAUAUUUCUCUUUCAAAUCGACCGCCAAUGGAGACCAUCUGCGCAUCUUUUUCAGAGAUCUGAAAGGCAGCGGACCUGCCACCAGGAAUCUUUUCUUGCUGCACGGUUUCCCAGUCAGCUCCAGCGAUUGGAAUGAGGUGAUUCCUGGCCUUCAGGAAGAGUUUGGACGUCUGAUAGUGCCUGAGCAGCUUGGUUAUGGACUGAGCGACAAGCCGUGGCCACACAACUAUACAAUCUUUGAGCAGGCGGACAUCAUGGAAGCUCUGUUGAAGAGUAGCGGCGUUGGCAAUGCCCAUUUCCUGUGCCAUGACACUGGUCUGACAGUGUGUCUGGAGAUGCUGGCAAGGUUUAACGCACGGAAUGCGGACAAGGACACGCGAGACAGCGGCGUUGUCAUCCAGUCGUUUGCCUUCAACAAUGGAGGGAUGUUCUCAGCACUGACAACUCCUACCCUAAUGCAGAGGCUUGUUCUUUUGCCUGUGCUUGGCGCAGCCGUGACGGCUGUGGCACCACGGUUUGUGACCGAGAAAAGUCUGAUGGAGGCGUUUGGCCCACGCACUAAGCCCAGCCGGCAGUCUCUGAACAGUGCCAUCGCACUCAUGUACCGCCAACGCGGUGCCAUCGUCUUGAGCAGUGUUAUUGCCUACAUACAUGAGAGAGCGGUGCACGAAGACAGAUGGAUUGGUGCAAUGAUCAGUACCUCUAUCCCAGUCCACUACAUCUAUAACCCAGCUGAUCCAGUCAACAAGGAGGAAACCUUCCAGCACUUCAAGAAAACUGUGCCGCAUGCCACAACCAGUCGAAUGCCUGAACACAUCGGACACUGGGGCAUGCUCGAGGACCCAGAGACCUUCUUGGCUCGCUACUGGCAAUUCUUCUCUACCGUUUCCAAAUGAUACCUGAUGCUCCAAUGCCCUUUCUUGCUUCUGCAUUCGCUUCUAUGGACUAAAUUAGACAUGUUUGUAGCCGUCCAUGUUUACAAACUGAUCUCCUGGGAAUAGAGUACGGUACGAUACUGUAAUAAGCAAUCUUAUCAAGGACGCUGUCCGUACUAGGGUUCCGUAUAACAAGGCCAUGCCUGUUGGGACUCCCCUAGUCAAAUAAUAAAUACUACUACUAAUACUAAUACUACUACGUACCUGUUACUCGACAGUUAACAUGUUUCUUUAGGCCCUAGUAGACUGCUGGUGCUGGUGAUACUGAUGCUAGUGCUGGUGGUGCUGCUGGUGCUGCGCUGGCGCUGGUGGUGCUGCUGGUGCUGCGCUGGCGCUGGUGAUGUUGAUCAUGCUGGUGGUAGUUGGUGGCAAUGUGUCCUAGGGCGGGUAGCUGCUCUACGUACCGUGUCCGGCUACAUGCACAUCUACAGUGUACACUGUAUAAUGUACUGGUGUACUGGUCAAGAUGUUGCUUUACUCACUGCAUGUGUUUAGAGAAAGGUUGACGAUGGCUACCUGGCCGGCCACCCGGUACCCAUCUGUAUGCACAGACAUCUUCCCAUAACAUUUCUUCAAAUAACGAAAACAAUUGGUCAUUAAAACGUUAGACUUUGUGACUCGUUAGACUUUCCGGUUUUACGGUACUCAAGAAUCGGAAUUUGUAAUGGCCUCUUCCACGUUGUCUUACUCUCUUUUUUUUUACUUCGAAGUAUUUUUUUAUUCAGUUUUUACCUUUCACUGUAUAUACCAGCUGUGUCUGGUUUCUCCCUUAUACUAGUAAUUAUAUUAUUACUAAGUUGAAAUACUAACCAACCUCUUCCA